AUGUAUAUGUCAAGCGGCCUCAGUCUCGUCCUCCUUAGUUCCAUUUUCGCCCUUGCUUCAGGUGCCUCUUUGAAUUAUGCCCGUAUUCCCAUCCAGAACAAUACGCCCGCGCUUUCAACGAGGCAAUCAUGUGGCACCGCUAUCGACGAACUUGUCGGUUACGCUGCGGGCACUACUGGAGGUGGUGAUGGAGAAGGAAUUACGGCGACCUCGUGCUCGACCUUAGAGUCGGCUGUUAAAGCGGGUGGUGUAAUUAAGAUCUCGGGGACAUUAUCAGGCUGUGGCAUCAUUGAUCUUAAGAGCGAUACCACCGUCAUUGGUGUUGGUGAAAACUCCGGCCUUAUCGAUGGUGGUUUCCGCAUCAAGAAGAUCAACAACGUCAUUGUGCGAAAUUUAAAAUUUCACAAGGCUCCCAAGAAGGGUGACCUGCUUUCUCUAGACAAUGCUACACAGGUUUGGGUCGACCACUGUGAAUUCUCCUCCGAGGGCAUUGCCGGGGACAAGGACACUUACGACGGCCUGUUGGACAUUACACAUGCGUCUGAUUUUGUGACGGUCAGCUGGAGCAAGUUUCAUGACCACUGGAAAGGAAGCCUUAUCGGCCACUCGGACAACAACGCCGAUGAAGAUACAGGCCAUCUUAGAGUGACCUUUCACCACAACCACUGGACCAAUGUGAACAGCCGUUUGCCUAGCGUACGGUUCGGAACGGCUCACAUUUAUAGCAGCUGCUACGUGGGGAACCCGAGCUCCGGCAUCAACUCGCGGAUGGGAGCCCAAGUGCUUGUUGAGGAGACUAGCUUCACGGACACUCGUCGAGCAAUUGUGACGAACCUUGACAGCCAGAAAGAUGGCUUCGCCGUGUCCAGAAACAACAUUUUCACCAACAGCGAUACCAGCAUUACUCAGGCGGGAUCGCUGACCAUUCCGUACGCAUACAGCACUGAUUCCGCAUCAUGUGUCUGCUCGUUUCUGGAAUCCAAGGCUGGUACUGGUGUCGUUGCUUAA